UGCGGCAGGCGGACCACAGGGAGAGGGAGAGAUUUUAGGAAGGACAGUUACAAAAGUUAAAGAAGAGGAGAAAUCAUGACACAAAACAGUGAACUUAUCGAUCGCCUCUCCUCGCCAUUGAAUUUGACAUCCCUCAUCAUGGCGCUCGUGUCACCUAUGAAAUAUUGAUUUUUGUCAUGUACGCCAAGUUGAGGAUAUAAUGCCGGGAAACGGAUGAGAACUACCGCAGUCGCCUGGAAUUGCUUGCUGGAUAUUGAAUCCGGCGCUCGGGGAUGCAGUUGGGAUUGAUUUCGUGUAUAUAAUCAAUAAAUGAGCGGAGGGUUAUUGGACUACACGAGAGCUCGGGCCGAUCCGUUAUAUUUCACAUCACAUUUAAGCAUGGGAAUGUCGUCCAGCGCUCUGAUCUCAUAGUCACUCCCGCGGGACGUGAUGCAGCCACGCGUAGAUGUCAAGAUGGGUGAUGCCGCAGAGAUCAAGGAGAGCAAGAGGACGUUCAUCGUGCCGACGAUCAAAUCUGUUGAUCACUAUGAUUUCACCAGGGCCAAGAUAUCGUGCAGUUUGACGUGGCUCAUCGCCAAAGCCUUUGGAUCUGACUGUGUACCUGUGGAGUUGGAGGAUCCAUUCUACCGAGACCAGUAUGAUCAGGAGCAUGUGAAGCCGCCCGUUGUGUCUCUGCUGCUUUCUGCGGAGUUGUAUUGCCGUGCUGGGAGUCUGAUCCUCAGGAGCGACGCGGCUAAACCUCUGCUGGGUCACAACGCCGUCAUCCAGGCCCUCGCUCAGAAAGGCCUCUACGUCACUGACCAGGAGAGACUCGUGACUGAGAGAGACCUCUGCAAGACCCCCAUACAGAUGAGUUCUCACCUGGCGAUGACUGACACUUUGAUGAUGGCGUACACAGUUGAAAUGGUCAGUGUGGAGAGAGUGCUGACCUGCAUACAGAAAUUUACUCCUUUCCUUCCUGAGGAAGACUUCCCUUAUGAUGCUGAAGAGGCCGUGACAACAUGGAUCAGCAAGGUAAAUGAACAUCUGAGAGAACUUUUGGCCCAAGAACAUAGAGUUCUAGAUAUAGGAGAACCCUGCACAGUUCAAAAGGGCCAGUACAGGAGAGAGGACUCUAAAGCACGUCCGGCUCUUUGUCUCCCCCUGGUGGACAAUAUCCUGAAGGAUAACACAGAUGGCUGCGCACUGGCUGCACUACUGCACUUCUACUGUCCUGAUGCUGUGCCACUGCAAGAUAUCUGUGUCAAAGAAACGAUGUCAUUGGCUGACAGUCUGUACAAUCUCCAGCUGAUCCAGGAGUUCUGCAGAGAAAACCUCAACAACUGCUGUCACUUCACCCUGGAGGAUAUGCUGUACGCCUCCAGCACCAUCAAGAGUAACUACCUUGUGUUUAUGGCAGAGCUAUUCUGGUGGUGUGAAGUUGUGAAACCAUCUUUUGUUCAGCCCCGCACACUCAAUACCAAAGUAUCUGACCCAUCCCAGUCCAAUAAAAUGGCUCCCAUAACCAAACAAAACCUGAUCCACAGACCAGGCAGUCCAGAACAGUCUAGGUCACAACCUAAAAAUGACAACUCAGUUAACAGGCGGUCGUCCUCCUUGUCGUAUGUGGACGGAUGUGUGGGGACAUGGCCUAAAGAGAAACGGUCAUCAGCUCAUGGGAUAUCAUUUGAGAUUCCACUUGAUGACAGCAUGAGUUCAUCUUCAGGACGUGGACUGAGCCGAUCGGCAAGCACUGAAGGUUUGGGUUUUAAAGUUCACCACGCAGCCCGAGGCAUGCGGAGGAACCUCUCCUUCCAGCCCGUUAAUGGGAACGCCCACAGCAAAAUACGUGAGGAGGAUGAUGAGGAAUCCAACAGACACAUCAGCAGACAUCGUCUGGGAAACUACACUGAGUACUCAAAUGGUGUAUCAGCAGACAACCCAAGCCUUCCGUAUGACCCUCAGCCCAACACCCCUAGUAUAGAAGAAGCCCUGAAGAUCAUCCAUGACUCUGAGCGACCCCACAGCAGCUUGCAGCUCCCAUCUGGGGACAACGCUUUUUUCCUGCACAACCCAUCUUCCCACAAUUCCGCAUCUGAUCCAAACGAUCCAGAGGACUCGCUUUCCAAGGCCAGAGCGGAUGAUGCGGACCUAAAUUCCACCUCUACUGACAUGGACACUGGAAUCCAUGUCCGUACCGAAGAUAUCCAAGACGGACAGGAUGAGGAUUCAUCCCUGAAGGACUAUUCGGACAUGGACCAGGACUGCGAAGCUCGUUCCUGUCCACUUCCGGAGAUAUCCGGCAGCCCUUGUCCAAACCUUUUGGAAACACGCUCCCUGGCCACCAGCAUGGCCUCCUCGUUGGGUUCUGCAGUUCGCAUGACCAGCUUUGCCGAACAGAAGUUUCGUAAACUAAGCCACGGCGAUGGCCGCAGCAGCGGGAGUGGCGGUAACACGCCUGAGAGCGGCGACCUGAACGUCACAACCCCAGGAGCGACUGGGACAGUUCGUUCGAUUACUCCUGACGCACACAGCCCCUCUCGCAUCACCUCCCCUCGUGAUACCUCACACCUGUUGGCGUCGGAGAUGGUCCAGUUGAAGAUGAAGCUGGAAGAGAAACGCAGAGCCAUUGAGGCACACAAGAAGAAAGUUGAAGCAGCUUUCACGCAUCACAGGCAGCGCAUGGGCAGGACCGCCUUCCUCAAUGUGGUCAGGCGUAAAGGAGUUGUGUCGCCACUAGGGGGCGACAGUGAAGGCCCAGAUGGUCGGGAAAAACAAACCAGUGACCUGCAACCUCUAAAGACACCUUUGAAUUCGAAUGACUCCGAUUCUAGACUUGAGAGAUGUCGACCUGACGGCGCACCGCCGAAAUCACCCUUAGAGGAAGCAGCCGUGGAGGUGGACCUGGCAGAGUAUACGCAAUCCAUCGAGCGCCUGAACACGUCUCUGAACUUCCUACAGUCAGAGAUGCAGCGCUUGGCACAGCAGCAGGAACACAUCAUGCAGAUGCGUGAACACCAAAGUUGGGUGAUUUCGCCACCCGAGCCAUCGCCACGUAAACAGAUGCGUGAGCUGCGCAGCAGCAGCUUAGUUGGUCGAGGUUCGGUGGGGUCGCUCUCCCCCAUUUUGUCGUCCACCGGUUCGCCACGCACAACUCACCGUUCGCCCUCUACGAUCAAAAGGAAGUCCGCGUCUUUCCACGCAAGGACGCCACGAACGCCAAGGCCCAACGAGCUGAAGGUCACCCCCUUUAGCCGCAUGCUCAACACUCAACAGUCAGUGGACAGCCUGCCUCGACUUAGACGUUUUUUGCCGAGUCAAGCGCAGUCCAGCCCAUUUGCCUAUUUGGGAGAUGAUGAGGGACCUUCCAGUGAGGACCACACAGCUAGAGAAAAGCCAUGUAAGAAAGACUCCAAAGAUGCAGCUGAAAAUUCGCCAUCUGCUCAGGUGAAUGAAAAGCAGAGAGAAGAAAAACAGGAUGUUGGAGAGAGUAACAAAAUCAUGAAUGCACCAACAUCUGAGGUUCUGUCUCAGCCGACAAUGGACCAUUUGACGGUAACAGCCAGUGGACACACAAAUGAAGAAGAGUCGCAUGAGAAGAAGAAUCUGAUUGAGGUUCCUCUCUCUGUUCUGAAGCCUCUGGAUGGACAUGAUCUGGAGAGCAGCAAAGAAACAGAGACUGGAUUAGAAUUUAGACCAGACCAGAAGAUGUGCUGUGGCUUCUUCUAUAGGGAUGACCUAAAGCCAGAGGAGGAUAUUGCACAGAAGAAGGCAGCUCUGAUGGAAAAAAGGCUACGGAGGGAGAAAGAGAUGCAGAUCAAGAAACAGCAACAGGAGGCCGAGAUGGAACAAAAGAAAGAAGCAGCACGAUUGAAAGCAGAAGAUGAACGUGAGAAGAAGGAGGAGGAGAAGGCAAGACGGGAUUAUAUAAAAAAUGAAUGUUUGAGGAAGAAGCAGCUCAAACUGAUGGAGGACAUGGACAGUGUUAUUAAGCCACGCCCCCCUAGUGUCAAGCAGAAGAAGCCACGCCCCAAAUCUAUGCACAGAGACAUCAUGGAGUCUCCAAAACCUCCAGCACGGACAACCACAGGGUCAAGACCUCGUGGAUAUUCUGUGUCCAGCUUAUCACUCGCCUCCCUUAAUUUGGCAGACAGUGAGAGUGUCCAAUCUGAUAAGAGGACAUCCAGGCCAGAGUCCACAGAGGGCUUUCUGUCACCGUGUCCAUCCAUAAGUGGAAACGGGGAGAACUGGGAGCUUGAAUCAACAACAUCGUCUGCAGCAUCUAACGCAGAAUACACAGGGCCAAAGUUGUACAAGGAGCCCAGUGCUAAAUCAAAUAAACACAUCAUCCAGAACGCACUGGCUCACUGCUGCCUUGCGGGCCGCGUCAAUGAGGGACAGAAGAACAAAAUCCUGGAUGAAAUGGAGAAAACCGAAGCCAACAACUUCCUGAUUCUGUUCAGAGACUCUGGCUGCCAGUUUCGCUCUCUAUACACAUAUUAUCCAGAGGCGGAGGAGAUCAACAAGCUGGCUGGCAUCGGGCCCAAGACCAUCACACCCAAAAUGAUCGAGAACCUCUACAAAUACAGCUCGGAUAAGAAACAAUUCAUCAAAAUCCCCGCUAAGACCAUGUCAGCUAGUGUGGACGCCAUCACCAUCUACAGCCACCUCUGGCAGAUCAAGAAACAAAACACACCCAAAAAACUCCUCAAAUAAGUUGACAGCUCACUGAGAGUGUUCCUGCCUAUCGGACAUUAUGAUGCACAUCCUGAAUGUAAAGAAAUCAUUUUUGCGGGCUUUGGAUGUUCAUUUGUGGCGAAUUCAAGACCUUCUGUUCUACAGUACACAUACAUACUUGUGUGUGUUUGUUUGCAGCACUGACGGAUGCGCUUUUAAGUCAUUUUUAUUUCCGACAUGUUAAAUUUUGUGGCCUUAUGCUUGUCUUGUUGUGUCUUUUUUGCAAUGCUUAACGCACACUUACUGAGUUUAUGAGCAAGUCAUUGCAUCAUAUGAAGAUACACAAUCUGCUUCUUUUGUGUUUGCGGAAAUGGAGGUGUAAAAGAUUAUAUUAGGGACAUACCGCACUUGAAGACUAACGUUACAGAUGGUCAUUCAGUUGAAGAAGCAUUUAGUGUACUGGAACCUCAGAAUUUCUUGCUUUAUUUAAUGUCUCUGUUUUUAUAUUUUGAAUAUUUUGUUGGACAUCUGCUACCCCAGGAACGUGUGUAAAAUUAGCUACAGUAAGCGUUGUUCACUCAAGACUUGCUAUAAAAUGAACAUGCUUGGGUUACUCUGUAUGUGGUGUAAAAGUAAUGAUGGAGCCUUUAACUGAUUAAGUUGAGGACCAAAACUAAACAUGUUAGUUAGAAUGAUAAAAUACAUUCCUAUAUGUUGCUAUCGCUAGUGUCAUGACCCAGAAUAUCUGGGUGCCGUGUAUGUUUGAAACAUACAUUUUAGAGAGACAGAGCAGUUUAGCUGACUGUUUGAGUAGAGUAAAUUUCCGUAUGAAUAAUACAGAGGAAACACUGAGUUACUGAAUAUCGUAUAAUGAAGCUUUCAAAGAGAUGGUGCAUAUUAUUGCUAAAUCAUGUGGUAACUAAUUUUUAAUUAUGAAGUGCAUUUUUAAGAGCUGGGAUUAUUUGGGCAGGCUGUUGUCUGGUAACACGUUUUGUCUUCAGGGGGCAAAAGAAUCGAAAGAUAUUUGUUAUUUUUACUAAGUGAAGUAAAUCAUUGUUUGAACUUAUUGAUGCUGUACAGAUAUAGUUUUACAUACUAAGCAUAUUUUUUAAGCCAUUGAAUAUUACUGAUAUUUUUCAUAUGAAAAAGAUGAUGUUUAACAGGUGCAAGUAUGAUGGGACGUGAUAAGAGUAAAAGUAAGAUGUUCUGAGAGAUGUUCAUUUCCACACGCUGUCUAAUCUUUUUCCAGGUCAUCUCCGCUGUUUGUUUGUCAUAUGCUUUGCCUGUUGUAUUUAAAUGUUAACCUCAACAUAAAUACAGAUUUACAACCAAAA